GCGAAGCACAUAGUAGAGACCGGUCUUCCAGAGAGAUGAGAGAAGGUUUGUGGUUUUAUCCUGUUGAUUCCAAAAUAAUAAUAAUACAAAACUGAAAAUAAGCAGACGCACGGAGACGACGCUGGUUGUAAAAGAAUCCGCAAAAACCCAAGAGGAAGUCUGGAUUACUAUUUCACCGAGGUGAUUCCAACCGGUCUACAAAUGAGCAACAGCACUUGACAUUGAUGAGGCCCAGUCGCCCAAUGAAAGAGGAGUGACCACUUCACCCUCCUUUUGUUGCACUGCAUCCAGAGGCCAGUGAGGCUGAAGAGGGAUCCCUUCAGCCCGCCUCAUUUUGUAACCAUUUCCUCUCUGAGUUGGUCCCAGAAGUGUUUCAAAACUGUUUCUCCAACGCUUUUUCCAGAAACUUAGACUGUUUUCCAAAGCAGAAGCAGCACAGCCCUCCCAGACUGAGGUGAUGGGAAGCGUGCGAGCCAGCCGCUACAGCAUUGUGUCAUCAGAGGAGGACGGCAUGAAGCUUGCCACAAUGGCAGUACCCAACGGCAACAGCAAGGGCAAGGUGCACACGAGGCACCAGCCGCAGAGCAGAUUUGUAAAGAAGAACGGUCACUGCAACGUGCAGUUCAUCAACGUGAGCGAGAAGGGUCAGCGGUACUUGGCUGACAUCUUUACCACAUGUGUGGACAUCCGCUGGAGGUGGAUGUUCAUCAUCUUCUGCCUGGCCUUCCUCCUGUCCUGGCUGUUUUUUGGCUGCGUCUUCUGGCUGGUGGCCAUCUUUCACGGGGACUUAGAAAAUAAUGACCAUCCAUGUGUCUCCAAUGUUAGUAGCUUCACUGGUGCCUUCCUGUUCUCCAUUGAGACUCAAACGACGAUCGGUUAUGGCUUCAGAUACGUAACGGAGGAGUGCCCAGUGGCUGUCUUUAUGGUGGUGUUCCAGAGCAUUGUGGGCUGCAUCAUUGACGCCUUCAUCAUUGGUGCAGUCAUGGCAAAAAUGGCAAAGCCCAAGAAGAGGAAUGAAACACUGGUUUUCAGCCAUAACGCUACAGUGGCCAUGAGGGACAACAAGCUCUGUCUGAUGUGGCGUGUGGGCAACUUAAGGAAGAGCCACCUGGUCGAGGCACACGUGAGAGCCCAGCUUCUCAAAUCCCGAACAACAGCGGAGGGAGAGUACAUCCCCCUCGACCAGAUGGACAUAGAUGUGGGCUUUGACAGCGGAGUCGACCGCAUCUUCCUGGUCUCCCCGAUCACCAUUGUACAUGAGAUCGAUGAGGACAGCCCUUUCUAUGACAUGAGCAAACAGGACCUGGAGAACUCGGAGUUUGAAAUCGUAGUCAUCUUGGAGGGCAUGGUCGAGGCGACGGCGAUGACCACACAGUGCCGAAGCUCCUACGUCGCCAGCGAGAUCCUCUGGGGCCAUCGCUUUGAGCCCGUGCUCUUCGAGGAAAAGAACUAUUACAAGGUGGACUACUCCCGCUUCCAUAAGACAUACGAGGUGUCGAGCACCCCUCUGUGCUGCGCCAGAGACCUGGCAGAGAAAAAAUUCAUUCUCUCCAACUCCAACUCCUUCUGCUACGAAAACGAGAUGGCUCUGGACAACAAAGAGGACACAGACGAGGGGAACGGGGGCAGCGUCGGCCCUGAUGGCACUCAGACAGACAACAUCUCAGAGAGCGAACAUAACCAAGCCAUGGUGCCUCUAGAGCCCCGGCCUCUGAGACGAGAGUCCGAAAUAUGACUGUUAAGACAUCUCGUGAGAGAUUUUCCGAGAUUCGCAUCUCUGCUCUAAAAAGGCACUACGAGCCAAGCUGGGUUAGAGUUAGAGGCCAACCCAAACGGUACUGCUGUGGAAAGUGGCAGUGAGGUGUAAGACUUUGUCCUGAUGAGUCUGCUUGAACUUUGCAUACAGCAUGACAAAACACAGCACUAUGAACCAUUUGCAUAUCGCAGAAUGAAUUCUCCAUCAAGUCCCCAUGAAUGUGUGCUCAGUGUCCGGUGACUGCAGAGAGGACGGAGGCUAUUGCAAUGACUUGAAAACUGCAGGCAUGUCUCAGUUGCUCUGUCCAGCGAGAAUAACGCUCUUUCAGAAAGGUGUUUUGUUUUUUUGUUUUUUUAAGUUCUCUAGUGCUGCUAGAAAAAGUGGAAGUUACACAAAAAACCCUUUAAAACACUUUCAUUUUGACACUGUCACAGAACCAAAGAGUUAAGAAAUCGGAUGUCUGGAACAAAGAAGGUACACGUUGUUUGUUCAUGAGCUGGCCUCAUAGCAGACGUCACUGAAUGCAGUUUUCGCCUGCAAUAACCUGUAGAGAACUUUCCUUUGACUCGAUAGCACUGAUUCUCUCAGCUUUGUGCUUUUGCAGAAAAUGUUUGAGCUGGUCAGACUGAUAGAAACAUGCCUGCUUGCGUCAAGAGAUCCGAGCAGGGUAGUAUUAACGACAUCAAACUGACAGAAAUCAUUAAUUUAAACUGAGACUGGGGUAAUAUGAGAAUCUGAAUGUUCUUAAAAGUGCUGCUAUGAUGUUGCUUCUUUUUUUUUUGAUAAUGACUAUGACAAUGCCAAAGAGUAUUAUUAUUAUUAUUAUUAUUAUUUUUAUUAUUAUAGUUAUGUUUCUGAAAAAAAAAACAAUUAGAUUUGGUACAGAAAACGUAGAAAGUUUAGGCCGUUUAAUGUAAGGUUUGUUUUUCAAAAACGUGUACAGUUUCUUUUCUUUUCUUUCUUUUUUAAAAUGUCGAUUAUCUGUAUCUGGAGCCAUGUCAUCAAGCCGUAAUCUGGACCCGUGUAAUGAAGAAGGUGGUCAUGUAGUGGUAAAAAAGCAACACUGACGAGUUCUUUUGAUGGGCCAGAUUUUUCAUCUUAAACACAAGAGUUCAUUUCCAGGCAAACCUUUAUUUUUAAGGUUUGAAAAUACGAGUCAGUGUAUUGGUGUCUAAAAAUCAAAUACACUAAAAGAAAUUUUUAAAUAAAUAAAUAUCAAGUCUCUACGUAAAGCCGGUUUCCCUUUGUGCUGAACUAGAAAUCGGCCUCAACACCACUGGAGUUUUCAUUCUCUGUUGUAACGCUUUUGUUUUACUUGAGAAUGUAAGAUUUCAAAGAAACAAAAGUACUGUAACUGCACAAGAGUUUGCAUCAAUACACGUUUAUAUCCUGUAUCUUUUGUGACAGAAAGCCGCUGAGCUCAAUAGGCAGAUCCUACACGUGUAAAUACCUCCCUCCCUGUUGCAGUUGUUUUGUAUCAGUCUUCCAAAUGUACUGCAAAACCACAGAAUGUACAGAUUUUGUAUUAUUAUUAUUAUUAUUAUUAUUAUUAUUAUAUUGUACAUGGUAUUAUAUUGUUCUUUUACAAUAAAAAGUCAAUCGGAAUCAACUCGUGUUGCUGGUUUAAAUAUCUUCUAAAGGGGCAAAGACUAUUUUGCAUUAAUUGUUGCAAAUGCAAACACAAUGUGAGUGAAUUCAGAAGCAUCAAUUCUUGCGGUACUGUAGAAGUUUAAUUUCCGGAGGAAAUGAUGAAAAAUCUUAUUUUGAGCAAAAGUCUGUAAAAUUUCUCAGCAUCUUUUGACACUUUUUAUUCAUUUUGGUAAUAAAAGACAUAAACGCCCAACUAAAAAGCCUAAAAAGUGCCCCGAGGCUUUUUAAGCGGUGAGAAUGGCUUCAAGAAGGACUUUGGUUUAUCUCAGGCAGGAUGUUUGGUUUCAAAGUGCGUCGAUAGCCUGGUUGGCACCAUGUUAGCAUUACUCAACUACCCCUAACAGACUUUCGUCACUGGUUCAGCUGAAGAUCAUAAAACGGCUAUUGUCUACUGGAAUGAAUGCUCGUAAAGAACUGAUAGAGUAGAUCAACAUUUCAUUCAGAAAUUUUUGUGCCCCUGUGUAAUAAUGUCUUCAUGUCUUCUAUAAUAAUGCAUGGCAGGGUUAGUGGCUGCAGGCAGUCAGUGCAAUUAGCUUUCACAUCAACCUGCUUUUUUAGUAAGUCAUUUUUUAAAUAUUAUGCAUUUAUCUAUUCAUCUAUUUACAUUCUACAAAUGAGACUUAAAGACUAACUUAAGGAAACAAGAAGGGAAAAUGGAUCAUUAUCAGCAUAAUUAAACCCAGAUCCACAGUCUCUUAUUCAUAGAUUCAUCAAAUUUAGUUUGUUUCCUCUUAAAUGAUUUUUAAGAUUAAAGGUGCAAUUCAUAAAGUAGCACAACCCAAAGCUUAACAAAUGUGUGACUCUCAGGGAUCGUGCUGGCAGUCGUGGCUGUGACACUAACCAGCCACCUCGUCCUGCUUCCCACCAGCCCAAGAGGGAUUAACACCUUCUUUUUCCUCUCUUGCUUCUGCAUACUUGGGACUCAUCCAUCCCUCAUCCUGCCUUCCAUCACUUUCUCUCAUCUGUCUUUGUCCUUUGUGUAACAUCUGUUCUCUCGCUCUCUUCUUUCUUUUAUUCAUUAUGAGUCAUCAUGAAUUCAGCUCAGAAUCACGGAAUAAAGUCUUUAACAAGUUUGCCUCUCGGUCAAACUAUUCAAAAUUUCAGACACUUUUCCGUUUACAUUUUUAUGUUUUCACUUUGCUCAUUUACCAACAUCAUUUAACGGCUUAAAUUUGUAUAGAUGGAUCCAAAAAAGCCCCAAAAUAUUGUAUCUCUUUUGUAAAAGGUGCCAAAGAACAAUCAUAUUUACACUAAAUGUUCAUCCAUCCAUUUUCUGCCACUUAUCCAGGUCGGUCACACAGUGGGAAGCAGUCUAAGUGGACUGAAAGUACCCACUAAACCAGUGACCCCCACCCCCUCCCGGCUGUGCCAAGAAAUUCUGACCACAAACGCUAUGAACAGAAUCGGUGACAAAGGGCAGCCUGACAGAGU